GAUUAAGCCAAUGGCAACUUUCUCUAGACUCGUCCGUUUCCUUGCAAAGGACGGCAGGACAUACUAUGGCGAUGCUAUUCUUCCCAAAGGAGUGACCGACAUCGCCAAAGCAACUCAAGCCAAGAUCAUCCGCGGGAAAAUAUUUGGAAAGCAUGAUGUUACAGAUCAAGUUGCCGAUAUCCGACUCUUGCUCGCUCCUCUCGCUCUGGAGGACGUGAAGACAGUAAGAUGUUUAGGAUUGAACUAUGAGAAACAUGCAAAAGAGUCAAAUAUGCCCAUCCCGAAAUAUCCCGUGCUCUUCUACAAGCCCAUCACAUCUCUCACCGGACCCACUGAUCCAAUUCCCAUCCACGCUCUCGCUCAACAGUUCACCGGUCUUGAUUAUGAGUGCGAGCUUGUUGCUGUUAUUGGAAAGCCCUGUUCGGAUGUACCAGAGUCUUCAGCACUUGACUAUGUCCUCGGCUACAGUGUCGGCAACGACGUCUCACAUCGCGACUGGCAACUCAAGUACGGUGGUGGUCAGUGGGGUCUCGGAAAGGGAUUUGAUGGCUGGGCUCCUUACGGACCAGGAAUCGUCUCACCAAAGCUCAUUCCCGAUCCCCAGAAUCUGAAGAUCUCGACUAAGUUGAAUGGCAAUACAGUACAGGAGAGCAAUACUGGUGAUAUGAUCUUUGGCAUAGCAAAGACAAUUGCAUUCUUAAGUCAGGGUACCACGCUAUUGCCUGGUGAUUUGAUCUUCACGGGUACGCCAGAAGGUGUUGGUAUGGGCCGAAAGCCACAGCUUUGGUUGAAGGAUGGCGACGUUGUCGAGGUUGGCUUAGUGGGCGUGGGAACAUGUGUCAACAAGGUAGAGUUUGCGAAGGAGAAUUCAAAGCUGUAA